AUGCAAUUGACUUCAUGGCCUGAAAACGCCCUUCAGCACUGCCCAGGGCAAAACGCCAGGAAAGCGGCUGCCCAGGGAGGGACAGAGCGCCCCUGGCUGGCAGUCUUCAGGGAGCGGCUGGACGAAUCCUGCUUGGGGAUGCUUGGGGCCCUUCCUGCGCCUGGGCAGGGCUUGGACGAGGUGGUCCCUCGGGCCCCUUCCAGUCCUGAGCGGCCUUGGAAGGGCGCGGCUCUGGCCAGGACUGCGGUGCUGGCCCGCCGACGGCCAGCAGGAGCGCCAUCGCCGCACGCCGAAGCCCGGCCGCUUCCUCCAGCCGCGGCGGUGCGGGAGAGGCCGACAGAGCCGCGCGAGCGCCGGUGGGCCGCUCGCCCGCAUCGCUCCCCGGAACGCCGCCUGGCCUGUGCCCUGCUCCCGCUGCCCGGCGGAGACCCAAAGGACGCCGCCGCCGCCUUUCACAGCUGCCUUUUGUACACGUGCGCGGCGCGGGUGCGGGUGCGGGCGCUGGAGGUGCGGGCGGCGGCCGAGGCGCGGGCCUUCGUGGGCGAGGCAGUGGUGCUGCGCUGCUGGUUCCGGUCCUCCUCCCCGGUGUCGGAGAGGCUGACCAUCGACUGGACCUUCCGGCCCCUGGCGGGCGGCGCUUCGGAGCCGAUCUUCCAUUACCAGUCGGGCCCCUACCCGGCCCGGGAGGGCACCUUCCGCGAGCGAGUCUCCUGGGCGGGGGACGUGGCCAAGCAGGACGCCUCCAUCGCCAUCGCCAGCCCGACCAUGGAGGACAACGGGACCUUCUCCUGCUCCGUGAAGAACCCCCCCGACGUGCAGCACGACAUCCCGCAGACGGUGCUGAGGGUCACGCAGAGAGGCACCUCCUUCCAGCUGUCGUUGGCCGGGCUGCUCUCCAUGCUGGUCUUCCUCCCCUCAGCCAUUGUGGUGGCUCUACUGCUGGUCAGAAUGGGCAGGAAAUCUGGGGCGCUAAACAGCAGGAAGAAGUUUGCUUGCAAGAAGUCCUCCAUUGAAGUUGUUGACGAGACUGAGCAACCGGGCUGUGUGGCGAGACUGGCUGGGAGGUGUCUGCAGUGCCUGGACACAGAUGAGGAAGAUCCUUACUGACUGAAGGACAGAGACAACCUGUGAUGCUGCCCACGAUCUGCCCACGUGGAGUGGAAGUUUGGUCCUGGAAUUAUUAAUGUAGGCAAGAAGCACAGCUGCUGCAGGACCCUUUUUUCCGCCCCGGGUUAAUUAUCAAGAUUUUCCCAUUUCUUAUUUGCUGUCUUGACCUGCCUGGUCUGCAUGCUUGGACUGAGCACUGGGCCCGUGGGGGUCACGCACCGUUGCAAUGGCCAGGCUUUUGAACGGCCGUCUCCUCAGCUGAGGCCGGCACUAGGACUGUGCCUCCAUGUGCCACUUAGCUCACAGUUGUGUCUCACGAGAGCACACCGUGGCCGCUUUCUCCUCAUUUUGGCUACACAAGCUUCUCCUCUGGCAGGGGAAUCCAUCUUGGACCUGGUGCUCAGAGCCUCCUGGAGCAGCAGCAGCAGCAGGAUCAAAGUGCUUUGGGGGGCAGUUUUUCAAAGGUGGGAGCAGCCUGUGACUGGCAAAUGGGCAUAACUGAUUCCUGUUGACCUGGGAGGGGAGAAGUUCUGGGCCGUGCCUGAGACUGCAAGGAGGGCGGCCCCAGGAAGGGCUAGGAGAGGGGGCUCAGGUGCCAGCGAGGCCUCUUUGGGUGGGGGAGAGAUCAUUGCAUGGCUUUCCCCUCCUCACUGCUGGUUCACAGGCAAGGUGACCUGCCCUCUCAGUUAUCUGGGUGGGCCGUGGACCAUGUGCCCAUGGCUGGUCUUGCAUGCCUUGGCUGAUGCAACUUCGCUCUGCAUGACAAGGGGCCAAUUGUUGCCUGAAUGCAGAGGUGCGUGCGAGUCUCAGAAAGCUCGAGCUCCUGUUCCCAUUUCGUGGCUGCUGCGGGGAAGGACAGGUUCUGGGGGGGCUUGAGAACCUGCACAGAGUAGCACCUCCUCCUCCCUUGUGCCCUGGCAUUCUCUUCUGCCUGCUGUACCCUGUUUGGCAUGCAGGCACACUUGUGUGGGGCAGAGCUGCCAUCAGAGUGGCAUCUUUCUUGGGACCAGUAAACAUCUUCGUACCA